AUCAACAACACUUUCUCCGAAGUUUCAGGCUUUUUUAAUUAAAAGAUUCCAAAUUAUAAUUAUUUGUAAACAGAAAGAGGGAAGAAGAUUAAAAGGCAACAAAGAUUAGUAUAUAGCAGCAAUGGGUUAGCGUUAAGAAGGUGAUUUUGGGUGGAUGUAUCUGAAGAAGAAAUAGAAGAAAGCAAUAUUAUUCCUUCAAUCACCUGAAACUUAGAUGGCAAAUCCUCUAAUGAAAUCCAAGCAGGGGAAGUUUCCGACAUACCAAUCGCAUCUCUCUUCUUUACCUCCUUCUUCUUCUUCUUCUUCUUCAAACCCGGACUUUGAAUAUGAUGUCUUCAUAAGUUUCAGAGGCAAGGAUACUCGUAAGAGAUUUACGACCCAUCUGUACUCAAGUCUCGAAGGAAAUGGAAUCUCCACCUUCAUGGACGAUGAGGAACUUGAAACGGGAAAAGCGAUAUCACCAGAACUACUUCGAGCAAUCAAAAACUCGAGGUUGUUCAUCAUCGUUUUGUCCGAGAACUAUGCCGAUUCAAGGUGGUGUUUGGAUGAACUUGUCCAUAUUAUUGAAAAUUUGCGUCCCAAAAGUUAUAUCAUUCCUAUCUUCUAUGAUGUGGAUCCCACUGUUGUCCGCCAUCAAAAGAAUAGUUAUGCAAUAGCCUUCUCUGAUCAUGAAAAGAAGUACAAGGACCAAGUUGACAAGAUUAACAGGUGGAGAUUAGCGUUGACUGCAGUAGCCAACAUUUCAGGGUGGCAUCUAAAUGAUCAAAGCGAGGUUCAGUUCAUCGAAUAUAUUGUUAAAGAAGUAUUUCGUAAAUUGGGCGACACAUCUAGGUUGUUGGAUGAAUUGGACACUACAAUUGAGCUAGUAAACAGACUGAAGGGAACAUACAAAGGAUUCUCUGGUGCAAUAAGUCAUGAGUUCCGGCUGCGCAAAUCAGAUGAUCACCGUCAACAUGGCUUUAGAUACGACGUCUUUCUAAGUUGCAGAGGCGAGAACACCAGAAACCACUUUGUCGAUAACCUUUAUCAUGCUCUCCAUCGCCACGGAAUUGCCACCUUUAGGGUUGAUGAAACACUUCGUAUGGGAAGUGAAAUCGUGCCACAACUGCUGCAAGCAAUCAAAAACUCGAAGCUCUCCAUCGUCAUUUUGUCUAGAAACUAUGCCUCUUCAGCAUGGUGCUUGGAAGAACUUGUCCACAUCCUUGAAUGCAGAAAAAAAGUCGGAAAUCAGGUUCUUCCUAUCUUUUACGGUGUGGAUCCAAAUGCGGUUCGACAUCAAACAGAUAGUUAUGGAGAAGCCUUCGCUGAACACGAAGAAAGGUUUAAUCUGGAGAAAGUUAAAAAAUGGAGAGAUGCCUUACGUAAAGUGACAAAUCUUACUAGUCGACAUCUCGAUAAACGGCAUGAGGUAGAUUUGAUUGACGAUAUUGUUCGGACAGUAUCUCGUCAAUUGAGAGCCUUAGUUGGAAUGGCUUAUCAAUUGAACAAGUUGAAUUCCUAUUUGGAUUCAGAUGUGAAUGAUGUUCGCAUUAUAGGAUUAUGGGGGGUGGCUGGAAUAGGUAAGACAACUAUUAUGGAAGUUAAUUAUAACAUGAUCUCGGAGAAUUUUGAGGUUUGCUGCUUGCUUGCCAAUGUAAAAGAAGAGUCGCUAAGAUUUGGAUUAACUGCUUUACAACAACAACUUCUUAGGCGACUCCCAGAAGUGCCAGAAAAAAUAUCAGUACGUGAUGUGCAACAUGGAAUUGGUUUGAUCAGAGACCACUUUUGCUCUAAAAGGGUUCUCCUUAUAUUAGAUAACGUAGAUAAGUUGGAUCAAUUAGAAGCCUUAGCUGGAGACUCUAGUUGGUUUGGAAGUGGGAGUAGAAUCAUUAUAACAACUAGAGAUAAAAAUUUGCUUGCCUCAUUAAAAGGAGUGAAAAUGUGCGAGAUUGAAGGUUUAAACCAUGGUGAAGCUUCUGAGCUCUUCAGCUUUCAUGCCUUUGGACAAAACCAACAACUUGAGCACUAUGAUAUGUUGUGCCGCCAUGUUGUGGAAUAUGCUAAUGGAAAUCCAUUGACUCUCAAAGGUAUAGGUAGGUUUUUAUUUGGUAAGAACAUAAAUGAAUGGAUAUAUUCAUUGAAUAAUAUAAAAUCCUUACGCAAAAACCAAAUCUUUAAUACCCUUCGUAUCAGUUAUGAUUCACUUGAUGAAGAAUCCAAGGCUAUCUUCCUAUAUAUUUCAUGCUUUCUUGACAGCAAGAAUGUGGAUCGUGUUUCAGAAGUACUAGAUUGUUGUGGCUAUCCCUCGAAAAUUGGGAUGGAAAGUCUCAUUGAUAUAUCUUUUAUAACUGUUUCGAACAACAUUGUAAGGAUGCACCCUUUUGCACAAAAAAUGGGUUGGAAAAUUGUUCACCGAGAAUGCACAUCCAAGCCUGUUAAAUGUAGGAUAUUGUGGCAUCAUAGGGACAUCACUGAAGUAACGAGUAGAAAUUCGGGAACAGAAUCAGUUGAAGCUAUUGUCUUGGAUAAUCCUGAACUAGAAGGCCAUUGGAAUCGCAAAGCUUUUACAAGCUUGUGUAAUCUCAAAUUACUCAGUAUUCGCAGCAAUAUUCACCUUCCUGAAGGCCUAGAAUACCUUCCACAGACACUUCGAUUGCUCAAAUGGAGGAGAUAUCCAUUGAAAUCUCUGCCACCAGAUUUCUGUCCAUCACAACUAGUUGAACUUAAGAUGUGCCAUAGCCAAAUUGAACAACUCUGGUGGGAAGAAAAGCUUUUCAAUGAUCUAAAAUGCAUCAAUUUGAGUCACUCCCGGAACUUGACAAAGACUCCAGAUUUCACGUGGACUCCAAACCUUGAGAAACUAAUCCUUGAAGGCUGUACCAGUUUAGUUGAGGUCCACCCAUCAUUUGGAACUCUCAAAAGGCUUCGGAUAUUGAAUUUGAAGGAUUGCAUAUCUCUUAGGAGUCUCCAAUGUGCUGCCAUGUCAUUGGAAUCUCUUCAAAUUUGUUUUCUUUCAGGAUGCUCAAAACUUGAGCACAUCGAUCAGCUUGUUGCACGUCUUGUCCUUGGCAGUCCAAAUAUAUUGAAACUAAGUUUAAGAAACUGUGACUUGGAAGAAGGAGCAAUUCCUAGUGACAUAGGGUGCUGCUUAACCUCAUUGGAGGUGUUGGAUAUAGGCAGAAAUAAGUUUAGUAGCUUACCAAAAAGCAUUAGACAACUGAAUAAGCUAAAAUUUCUUGGACUGGCUCACUGCAAUCAACUAAAAUCGGUGCCAGAGCUUCCCUCUAAUGUAGAAUAUGUAGAAGCACGAGAUUGUAGUUCACUGCAUACUUUUUCAAAUCCAUCAAACGUGCGAACUUCCAUAGAUUUUGUGCUCAGUUUCAUUAAUUGCUUCAAUUUGGCACAGAACAAAGACUGCAGAAGCACCGCACUCACAUGGUUGAAAGCCUACCUUGGGUCGUUAAUGCCGGACAACCAGAAUCAGGUUCAUUUUUCACUAUAUAUGUAUAUGUAUCUGUCUCUGAUCUCUCUCUCAUAUAUACAAACAUGCCUCUCGCAGGAACUGUCACAGCUCAGUGGACGUUUUGAUAUUAUUGUCCCGGGAACAAGAAUUCCAGAGUGGUUCAGGCAUCAAAACAAUAUGGGUCCUUCAGUCACGAUACCUUUGCCUCCAAACCGGAACAAUAGAAAUUGGAUUGGAUUUGCCUUCUGUGUUGUUUUUAUAGUCCACCAGAAUUAUUCCGAGGAAGAGUCAUCGUCGAUUGAGAUUAACUGUCAAUUGUACGCAGAUGAAAGUCGUAUUGGGAAUCGUUUUGGGUUUUGCAUCUCAAACAACACAGCCUUGAAGUCCGAUCACCUUUGGCUGCGUUACGUAUCAAAUGGUAGCAUUGGUAAGAGAAUGCUUCGUUGGAAUAGAAUUGGUCAGAUUACUGCUUCAUUUGAAACUGAAAGCCAUUGCUUGGAGGUGAAAAAAUGUGGUCUUCGUGCUGUUUACAAGCAAGACAUGGAAGAGAAGAACAAGAGGAAGUUCCAGUACAUUUGCUCUCCAACUGAGGAUUUGGGUGUGGGCUUUUUCUCGAAUGAUAAAUAGUUGGUCAAUUUGUCCUCCUUCUUAGUUUUUUUCCUUUUUUUGUGGGAAAAAUAAAUAAAUAAAACUUUAUUAAUACUUUCUUUUUGUUAUUCAUGAAUGUGUAACCCUGUGCU